AUGGCAGAAUUCCUACAGUAUGUAGAAGAUACUUGGAUUCAAGGUGUUGGAUCCGAAAAAUUAUCCGUCUACAAACAGAAACAAAGGACCUGUAACCAUCAGGAAUCUUUUCACAACUUAUUAAGGCAUUUAAUAAGGGGUCCCCAUCCCAAUAUUUGGAGAUUUACUGAUGCUCUACAAAAGACUGAGAACUCCAACAUCGAGUUCUACCAAAGCAUGUUGCUUGGCUGCCCUGGAGGCCGAGGGCGAUCCAGAACCAGGAUGAACCUCUUUCUAGACAAGAAAAUCAAACGAUACACGGACCAGCUGGAUAAUGAAAAAACAACAGUUCUGGAGUUUCUUCAAAUUGUUUCGCCCUGCGUCUACAGUUAUGUUGAUGUGGAACUCAUUCCAGAUGGGGAAGAAGAUGUCAGUGACGUGUUUGAGAGAGAUGAAAAUCACGAAGAAAGUCAAGGUGGACAAACUUUGAGGAUGGAGAUGGACGUUGAAAUUACUCAAAUAGCAGAUUCUGUCGAGAUGGAAGCUGGUGUUCAGGAAAUAGCGGGACAAAAACCGAAUAGCACUUGGUACCAUAUCAACGAUGGCUACUUCUACACCAUGUCAACUACUGACAAAAGUCGUGUAUAUUUGAGAUGCCGGGAAAACAAGUGUAAAGGAAGAGCGUCAAUGCCAGUGGGAAACAGAUCGCUGGAGACAUUCAAGGUCACAGUCCCUCAUAUUCACGACCCGGACUUCUUUCAACUGCCUAUUCUUGAACUAAGGAGAAAGAUAAUGGAUAGGUGUUCCAAAGAACCGACCCCGUUCCUCACAAUUUGGAAUGAGGAGUCAGCCAAGAUUGACAGUCAGCUGAUGACCGAAAUCGCAGACCGCAUCAGUUAUAAAAGUCUGAAGUCCGCCAUGCACAGAGCGAGAGCGUCAAAAAACGUGAGAGUGACACCGCCGACGCUGCUGGAGUUUGGUGAGGCGGUCAAGAAGUCGCCGAAAUUCCGGAAAACUGUUAGGGGCAGUGACUUCUACCUGGCGACGGUCGAGAGUGCCGAGGGCGGAGUUUCCGUGAUACUCGGAUCACCCGAAUUCGUGCUUCUACUGCCGGAAGUUGAGGAACUGCAUUUGGAUGGCACUUUCGAUGUACCUCCGAUGGAGCCACCGGCACAUCUGUUGACUAUUAUGUUGACGAUCAAGUCGCAUGCUUUUCCGGUUUUUUUCAUACUCAUGGAGAAAAACAAUGAGGCAGCCUAUAACGAUGUCUUUGAAUUUAUAAAAGAGAAAGUGCCAUCACUGAAUCCAUCAGUGUUCAUCACUAACUUCGAUAGAGCUAUUCAAGACUGCCUAUCAAAUCAGUUUCCUGGCAAAGAAAUUGUAGGCAGUUGGUUCCACGCUGCAAUGGAUAUGAGAAAAACAGCUGGUAGAUUUGGACUCGGGAAUUUGUUGAAAGAUAGUCCAUUCGCAAAAACCGUUUUGAAGAUGGGAAUGGCCUUGCCCCUCCUUCCAAGCAGGAAAAUUGCUAAUGGCUUCAAUGUUAUAACGAGAUUUGCGGUUGAAAAUGGAGUCUAUGACAGAAUGGAGAGAUUCCUACAGUAUCUAGAAUGUGCUUGGAUUAAAGCUGUUGGACCUGAAAAAUUAUCUGUAUACAGACAGAAAGAAAGGACAAUCAUCAUGGAUCAUCAGGAGUCUUUUCACCAUUCUUUAAGGGACCUGAUGACGAAGGGGUUCAAACCCAAUAUUUGGAGUUUUACUGAAUCUAUACGAAUGACUGAGAACUUAAACUUCGAGAAAUACCAAUCCAUGUUGCAUGACCCACCCAGUGGCCGGCCCAAGUCGCAGAGAAACCUCAUGCAGGACAAAAGAGUGAAAUGUGUCAUGGAUCAGCUCGAUGACGGAGAAGCAACAGUCCUUGAGUUUCUCCAAAAAACCUCUAACUGCAUCGAUGACAUCAUUAACGUGGAAAACAUCUCAAUAAAAGAAGAAGUAGAAGAAGAAACACGAGAAGAAGGGGUCACUGAAGUAACUAAGACAGAUGAAAAUGACGUAGAAGUUGGAGGUGAAGGUGAACAUUUUCUGGCGUCAGAAAACACACUGAUGAACGAUGGAGUUGCUGAAAUAGAAGAAACUAUUGAAGAGGCAGAUUUCGCGGUCAACAUGCUUCAGGGGAUGAACGAGCGACCUGAUGAAGUGUAUAUUGUAUAUAUGUGAGGUUCAAUUCAUUUCUAGAUUCAUCUUAUUUCUAGUGGAUUGAAGAGAUACUUCAAAAUGAUGGCGAAGUAGUUUAAAUUUAAUCCAGAACAUAAGUGGCUACUUCUGUAUGUCAUAAGUCGCUGCUGGUAUGACGUAUGACUCAUAGUCUAUUCUGAUGUCCACGUUAUAAUGGCAGUAUUACAUAUACAGUAGCAUAUUGUAAUCAUGUACUUAGUUUGUAUUAGGUAUCAAAUCAAAUCUUUAUUAUUGUCAUAAACAAUCAUUGGUUGCAUGAACAAAAGUCAAUUGAACAUAAUUAUACAUAUAUUACAUAUACAAAAUAAAAUAAUGUAAUUAUUUUGUUUGAUAUGAUUGGUUAAUAAAAUUUAUUUAUUUGAUUAGAAAUGAUGUUGCUAUCCAUGUCUUUCCUUCGACAAACCAGAUAGCGCUAUCCUUUCCUAGCUCUGCAACGUUGCCAUAUCGUUUUUUAACAAUGUACAAAUAUAAUUAACAAAAUAUUCAAUCUGAAUCAUGAAAAUGUACGGUAUUACUCAAUCAUUGGAUAAAUAUUCUUGACGAAUAUAAUAUAAUUUAAAAUAAUAAUGAUAUCACAUCAGAUAUAGCAGUAUUAGCUAUCUUCUAUAGAAGGCAAUGGCAAGGCAUAGAAUCUUCUACACUGUUCUCCUAUAUUUCUCCACUGCCAUUAUAACGUGUAGGCUACCGCACUAUAGUUCUAAAGAUGUGUCGUUGUGUUAUUAAAUAGGACCAAUUCGCUGCUGUGACGGUAGUCUUGAUAAAUCGCUCAGAAUGUGUCUAAUUUGUAUAUAAUAGAAUGUAUAUUUGUACUUUAAAAUAUGAACCAAUACCAAAAAUUAUCAAUUCGUGUUAUGUAUUCAGUAGCACAUAUUGUAAUCAUGUACUUAGUUUGUAUUAGGUAUCAAAUUAAAUCUUUAUUAUUGUCAUAAACAAUCAUUGGUUGCAUGGACAAAAGUCAAUUGAACAUAAUUAUACAUAUAUUACAUAUACAAAAUAAAAUAUACAUAAAUUCACACAGCCACAUAAUCUGAAAACAGACCAGAGUUAAAGCAAUUGAGAACAAUAAUAUUAUGGAUAGGCAUUGCAGUUCAACAUUUCUUCAACCGAGUAAAAUGUUCUCUCCUUCAACCAUUUUGUUACUAUAGAUUUGAAUCUUCUACUGUUUAUAUUUCUAACUUUAGAUGAUAGAACAUUGAACAUUUUUACACCUAAAUAGCUGUACAUCCUCUGCGUCCUAGCAAGCCUGACCCGACUCGAAUCUAUCCGACCACCAGAUCUCGUGUUAUAUUCAUGAAUUUCUCUUCUUUAUUUUUCUCCCGUGUUUCGGAUGGACACGUUAAGCCGUCGGUCCCGGCUGCCUAAAAAGCAGUCGUUAGGUCAUGUCAGAGGCCCUGAAAUUGAUCAGUUGCGACCUGAAAACUCUGACACCAGACCUGAGCCAGCCAGGUCACUCGAUAUUAUUAUUAUUAUCUUCUUAAAAUGAAAAAACUAAGGUUUUCUUUCACAAACAUUCCGAAAUGAAAAUACAAGGAAGAGUCAUCACACAACUAGCUGAAAACACAGGUUUACAAGAUUCCCUCAUGCCCAAAUUAAAAACUGUGUGUAGUGCUCUUGCACAGGUAAACAGGUGCUUCUUGAUUAUUGAAGUUUGUAAAGUUCAUGUAGCUGAACAGUAAAUUCCCCAAAAAACUUGAAAGAACAUGAUUAGAUAAAUACAUAAUGCAUAUUAAUACAUGAUACAAGUCACAGAAUGCUGUCACAUUAUUUGUGUGUCACAGUUUAUAAGUCUGAAAUUUUAAAACAGAACUUUUCAAGUAAAUUUUUUUACAUGUGAUUUUUUUAGUGAAAUUCUAGGAGUGGCCGUAGUCGAGUGGAUCAGAUGCUGGCUUUAUGAUUCAGAGGCCCGGGUUCAAAUCCCGGCCCGGGCUAGAUAUUUAUCUCGGGCCACUCCUGUGUUUUCGGAUGGACACGUUAAAUUGUCGGUCCCGGCUGCCUAAAAAGCAGUCGUUAGGUCAUGUCAGAGACCCUGAAAUUGAUCAGUUGCGACCUGAAAACUCUGACACCAGACCUGAGCCAGCCAGGUCACUCGUUAUCAUUAUUAUACAAUAUCGGGGCACCGAGCUUCGCUCGUUAUUUUUAUUUAUUGAUAAACAGAACACAAUUCUCUAGAAUGAUCCUGUUUGUAUUUCAUAGCUGGCUAUACAUCAUCUUAUGAAUUUUGGGGAUGCGAUAUUUUGAUUUUUCACAUACUCACUCGCUCACUCACUUUUUUACUAUCCACAGCUGUUUCAACCAAGGAUGAAUUAUCCUUUUAAUGUCGUUCAGCGAGUUUUCCCAAGGAUGAGACCUAGAGCAAUCUAUUUUUUAGAUCAUAAACCUACUAUGUACCAAAUUUCGUGAAAAUCAUUAGAGCCGUUUUCGAGAUCCGUUGAACAUAGAUAACCAGAUACAUAAAUACAGAAAUUGCUCGCUCAAUAUAAUAGUUUAGUUUUUUAGAAAUAAAAUUUCAACGUUCAAUAUAAGAUUUGAUGAUUGAUUCAAUAUAAUGUUGAGCAGUAAAUGCAUACCAAAUUUAAUGGAAUGAGUCGAUGAUCUGAUGUUUGUUGUUGUACAGUAUUUUGGAUAAAGAUCCAAAGAAUUUUGACUUCGUCAUCCAGAAUAACUUUAAACAUUCAUUAUGUUUUACAAAAAUGUAGUUUUUCUAUUACUGGAGUUGGACUAUAGUGUUAAUUUUGAUAAUUUAAUUCAAAAUCACUACCUUCAUAACGUGUAAAAUUACUGCGUGAAUUUAUAAUAUUAUAACUGU